AGUUCUGUUCUUUCUUCCACUCGCACACUCCACUUCACUUUCUUCAUUCUCACCGUCAGCAAACCAAGCAAUGCAGUACCAAGAUCCUUCUAGACCCGUCACCGGUUACCCGGCGCCACAGUUCCACCACCCCAACGGCGGCCACCAACAACCACCACCCCCCUCCGCCGCCUACCCAUACCAAUACUACAACAACCCCCGCCCCUACGCCCGCCGCUCCUUCCUCCGCGCCUUCUUCGCCACCAUCGUCUGCCUCGCCGUAGUCUCCGGCUGCAUCCUCAUCAUCACAUGGCUCGUCCUCCGCCCCACUCUCCCUCACUUCACCCUCACCUCCCUCUCCGUCACCAACUUCUCCCUCACCUCCCAAUCCAUCACCGCCACCUGCAACCUCGCCUUCCUCGUCCGUAACGGCAACAAGAAGAUGUCCGUCACCUACAACGGCCUCCGCUCCUCGCUCUUCUACCGCUCCGACUACAUCACCGAGAACAAUCUCGCUCCGUUUAAGCAGGAUACCAAGUCACAAACCACCCUAAACGCCACGUUCUCCGCCGCCGGCGCCUACAUCGGAACCCGCGCCGUUGAUUCCAUCAACGCUGACCGGUCUGGUGGCUCCGUCCCCUUAGAUGUGCAGAUUCUGGCAUCCGCUUCGUUCCGCUCUGGGAAGUGGAGGUUCAGGACGCGUUGGCUUAAGGUUCUGUGCCGGAAGCUCCCCGUCAGCAUCAAGUCGAACUCCACUUCCGGCGAUUUGAUCGGUGGAUCCAGGGAAUGCCAGGUGUGGACUUGAUUUUUCCGCAGAUUGCCCCGAAUUUGAUUCUGGGUAUCCGUUUUUCUGAAACCCUAGGUUUCAAAAUUGGGGGAAAUUGAUUUUUCUUUCCAGUGGUUAGUUAAUGUUUCCAACUCUUCAUAUAGCUAUGCGUUUUGGUUUAGGUUUGAAAUUGAAUAUUGUUGGUUAGUUUUAUUACUGUACAUAAUAAUUCUCACAGAUUAUAGUAGUAUUUGACUAUUUGCUUCUAGUUCUCUUUGACUUGGAAAUCAAUUGAGGUUUGGAAAUCACUACUUGUGGAAAUUGAGAUUGGAAACAAGAGAGGAAGAUGCAAAUGGAAAUAUUAUUUGGAAA